CACCUUGACGCGGUGGGGGAGCUUGAAACCAUCCCUAUGACCCAAUGGGCUAUGCUGGCGGGGGGCUUGACCCCCUAGAAGGUCCUACCAAGCCAGACAGGCCAGAAGGGGGGGGUGGGGACCAAGAAGCAGUCCAAAAAACCCAAGCCAAAGUGUAAGGCAUCGUGCUGAGGGCUGCGUGGCACUGGGGAAGCAGUGCCUCGAACGAUCCCCCGGCGGGCCAGGCGAACCCGCCCUGUAUCGCAGCCUUACCCACUCACGCGGGGCUCUGAGUGGGUGGACACACCCUUUCCCUAGCUUAACGUGGGACUAGAAUAUGAAUAUGAACAGAAACAGUAACAAUGACAACGGAGCCAAAGCAUUGCACCAGCGUAACAUACAAAGUGGAGAUGAGGCAACGGACACCGGGCCACAACGACUAACGUCACCGACGGAGAGGGCUCAACCCAGCUGUGAAGGAGCCAGGCCGGCGAAAGGCCAGUCCUUUUUUAUCAGGUAUAAAGAUAUCCCUUUUGCUGGAAGGGGGGACCCCGAAGAACCACAGACAACGGAACAAUGUGCUCCACAGAAUGUAGUAGCCAGUACUAGUCAGCACCAGGACGCAGCUGAAAAUCUCAAAAAACAACUGGACGGAGGGAAAGAAACCGCGGAAAAACUACGCAGCCUCGGCCGCGAGAUAAUGAAAACGUACGCAGCUAGCGGAAACCUUAAGCGUCAGCUCAGGGAGGCGGCUGAUUUCAAGAUCGCAGAGGCCGGUUACAGGCUGAAGGGCGGCGUAGAUCCCAAAGUGUUCACUGAAUGGGAACAAGAGGUCGAGGUAGCGGUCUCCGAGAUUACCUCGAGUAACAGAUUCAGCACGCAGCGAGCGGAUGAAAUGGCCGAGCUCCUCAACAGAAGUAAACGCUUAAUAAACGAACUUCUCUUGGAGAGACGACUGAAGAAGUCAAGAGCCGCGGUGGAACCGGAAACGAGCGCACGAACUCAAAACACGGCAGGAGGUGAGGUUAUCGACAUCGAUACCGACACCGAGGACGAAAAACAGGAAUGGGGUGUGGCACCCCGACAACGCGGUAAAAAAAAGAGAAAGAGGCAACAAAGAUCGGCGGAAGCGCAUUGCACCUCACUCACGGAAACUACCCCGCCCGCAAAAAGACACCCAGACGUUGACGCUGAACCAAACAUCGCCAACGCCCAGCCAAUCCCCCGGAUCGACAUGGCAACGAACAAAGGCGAUGAGCAUAACGCAGAAAACGACACCAACACUACUGGUGCAAACACAGAGAAAGGCAAUGGAAAGGACAAAAACAAAACCGGAAAGGAAAAACCAACACUACGUGUUAGGGCAAACAAAGAUGAAACUUACCCAGUACUCUUUAAAGAGAUUAAAACCAAUAUAGAGACCAAAGACCUACAAGUCCUUGAAGUUAGAAAGACGGCAGCUAACAGUGAUGUACUGAUGAGAAUGCCCUCCAUGGACCAGGCAGAGGUAAUACUCAAGAGGCUUCGCGAUGCGGGGCGCACCGCGGACAUACUGGGACCUAAAAGAACGAGGUUACACCUGAGGAACCUCCAUAACCCCACAACUGAGGAAGAGAUCUGUGAAGCGGUCGAGAAGGCAGCCAGGGCAGAAACCAAGCUCGUCAGGAACAAUAUGCCACGUGCUGCUGCAGUGACCGUGAAUGAAGCCGUUGCAGUCAUUGUGCAGUUCAGGUCAUACUUUGAAAGCGAGGAGCUACCAAUCUGGUCCUCCAGCGUAUGGAAAGAAAUGUCUGCCGCCUUAGGUGGUAAAUGGCCCCGGGACUGCGUUUACACCAACGUUACAAAGAAUAGGAGAAAGAUUCUGGAUCUGGCCUGGAAGAAAAUGGACAUAAUAAUUUUAAAAACACAAGAUCAUAAUAAUUAUUGCAGUCUAGAUGAAACAUCUCUGAGCAAAGCUUGGAUGUUUUUGACUUAUUAUUAACGGAGCAAGAAUGUUUACAGAUCAAACCAGAUCUCAAUCAUUUCUCUGAAGAGCAGAAGAUCAGGCUCAAACGUAAGGUUUGGACGAACGUUGUGGCAUAUGCAAUGUGGCUACAAUUCUGUAUGCCCUGUGCGUUCGUGUUCAAGAGGGCAGACGUUUCGCUUUCAGCUGAUGAGCAGACUUAUACUAUAAGCAUCAGUGGUAAAUGCAAAAGCAAAAAGUGCGGAAUAGUACAUUACGAUACAAGUGCGCAGAGUAGGUGAUUCCCGCAUGAGCGGGGUUUGUCGCCCGAGUGAAGCGAGGGCGACAAAAAAGCGAGUGUGGGUACACCUACGCAGCGGUCGAGUAUCGUAUACUAUUUUUCCUAUCAAGUUGCGCAAAGUUCGAUCCCUAUAAUAAUUAUCAUAAAAGGCUUUAAUGU